CCUCCUCCUCAAACCCCACCACCACCCUCCCGAAAGCCUGCCACCACCUCCACUUCCCACCCGAUGGCAGCCAUCACCACCACAGGCACCGCCGCUGCCGCAGCCGCCUCGUCCUCCUUCCUCCGGCGCCGCACCGGCGCCGCCGCCGCCGUCUCCAUCCGGGCGUGCCACCACCGCUACAGGCUCGCCUGCCGCGCCGCCGAGGUGUCCGGGGCCGAGCCCUCCGCCGCGCCGGCCGCGGCGGGGGCGGCUGGAGGAGGCGCGUCGUGGGUGCCGGUCGUGCCGCUCGCGGCGCUGCCGCGCGGGGAGCGCCGCGUGAUCGUGCAGGACGGGGAGGAGAUCCUGCUGCUCUGGUACAAGGACCAGGUCUUCGCCAUCGAGAACCGCUCGCCGGCCGAGGGUGCCUACACCGAGGGCCUCCUUAACGCCAAGCUCACGCAGGAUGGCUGCAUUGUUUGCCCAUCAACAGACAGUACAUUUGAUCUUCGCACUGGGGAAAUAAAGGAAUGGUAUCCCAAAAACCCUGUUCUCAGGGCUCUUACACCUGCCUUGAGGAAACUAUUCACUUACCGUGUGAAAACAGACGAUGAAAACAUCUACAUCAACAUCAGUGGGGCUGAGAGUACAGGGUCUGCUGAGAUUAUAUUCAGUGGGAAAGCUCAACCUGGGGUUACUGCAUCAGAUGUCAAUGUGGAAGAGGUGAGAAUGAUAGUUGAUGAGGAUGUUGGAGGAUUCGGUUUCACCAGCUCCAAUGAACUUAUCAAUGGAAAAGCCGCUAUAAUCGGCUUUCUCUUAUUGAUAGAUUUUGAACUUUUAACUGGCAAGGGUCUUCUCAAGGGAACUGGUUUCUUGGACUUCAUCUAUGCAGUUUCAGGAGCUUUCAACUGAUGAGUGUUUUAGUUCUUUGGUUGUGAAAUGUUAUAAAGAUCGUGGGAAAAGUAAAAGUAGAUGUUGCGCAAUACAGGAACAUGGAUGGUUUUAUAUAACAAUGGGUUACGGGAAAGGAAAAGGAAGGGCCAGUGUUGAACAGGUUAUGGCAGCUUCUCAAGCAAACCUCAACCUGUUUAGGAGAUACCAUAUUUCUCAAUAGAGUUAGAUAAUGAGGUUGUUAUAUACCUCGUCAAUGAUGUCGAGCAUUACCAUCAUGGUACAAAUUAUGGUGCUUAUUUUUUUUGCUGCUAUCAGUAGCACUAGCAUGCUGUUCUCGUUGGUGGCAGAUGGAGCCUCACCUCCUCCCGCUUCUCUUGUUGCUUCUCAUAUUUUUGUUAACCCCUUUCCUACAUUUCUGGAUCUUUAGGAACUAAAGGUUCUUUGUGGUUCACAUAUAGGGGAGAAGAUUAUAACUGCAGGUUUCAUGGAUGCUAAUCACCUAACCCCACCAUCAUUUUCAUGUAAACACAGCUCAUUCUGAGAGUUCCCAGCUUCUUUAUGUUAUCUAGCAGUGAGCCUAGGAUUGUGCUGUAAUAAGGUUGCUUCUCUUGUACCUCUGAGAUGAAGCAUCACGAAAUAGUUGUGACUGGUAACCCAAAGAAACUAAAUGACAGCGCAGAAAUCAGAUGCUAAA